AUGGAUUUCAUACGGUCACUCUUGGUAUUGGUUCUGACAUUCAUGCCCUGUCCAUCUUAUCAGCUAAAUUUGCCAACCUCUACCAUCUCGGCAGCGCCAGCAGUGCUGCCAGAGGCUCCUCUAUCGUCUCCACCAACAUUAUCUCCGGACAUUAGUCCUCUCUUUCCUUCACCUGGUGGUUCAGAGCUCUCUCCAUCUCAGUCCUCAGUGCCCAUCAUUCCUUCAAGCCCCAGCCCUCCGAAUCCCGAUGCAAUGGUUGCUCCUGGGCCAUUUAUGGCCUUUUCACCAUCUGGAUCUCUGCCAGCUUCCUCAGCAAUUCCUCGGAAUGUAUCUGAGACUCUAAGUUUAGUGAUGGGUUUGGGUUUGCUAGGGUUUUGGUUAAUUCAGUUUUUUGGUGUGUAA